ACUCUCCUGGCCAAUCAUUAAUGCCCCGCCAUAUACACGAAAAUUGAUUGGAAGAGGGAAAAAGAUAAAAUUGAAAUAGAGUUAGGAGGGAGCUGGGAACGUGUGGACAAUAUGCACCACAAUUGAAGCGAGGGGAUAUGAAUAUCAUGACCCUGAUCUUCUUAGUUGAUUCCCUUGCUCUUUCCUAAUCUAUCUAUUACUCACUCCUCUGCUCUGUUCUCUCUUUCUUCCUCAAAAAGAUGGCUACCAUCACCAACAGUUUCAUAUUCAAGUCCCCUGCAUCUCUCUCCGUCUCCCUUUCAAGCCACCCCAAUAAGCUGCUUCCACUUUCUUCUCUACAAUUUCUGAGCACACAAGCACAAUCUUCUUCUUGUGGUUCUGGUUGGCAACAGAGCCGGGUGAUUACAAGAGCCACAUCAUCAGCAGCAUCGGGGGCGAAAAAAGCAAGCGAGGAGAGAGUUCAGAAGGUUCAUAGCAUUGAGGAGUUCGACGACGCGCUUAGAGCGGCGAAGAACAGGCUGGUGGUGGUAGAAUACGCAUCGAGUGACAGCCUGGAGAGCAGCCAGAUAUACCCUUUCAUGGUGGACCUUAGCAGGCAAUGCAACGACGUUGAGUUCCUUCUCGUGAUGGGUGACGAGUCCGACAAGACCCGCGACCUCUGCAAAAGAGAGAAAAUCGACAAAGUGCCUCACUUCAGCUUCUACAAGAGCAUGGAGAAGAUCCACGAAGAGGAAGGUAUUGGACCGGAGAGGCUGGUAGGGGAUGUGCUAUACUACGGGGACAGCCAUUCAGCAGUGGUGCAGCUGCACAGCAGGGAGGACGUGGAGAAGCUGAUAGAGGAGAACAAGGAAGGGCACAAGCUGGUGGUGCUGGACGUGGGCCUCAAGCACUGCGGCCCCUGCGUCAAGGUCUACCCCACCGUCCUCAAGCUCUCCAGGCAAAUGGCCGAUUCCGUCGUCUUCGCCAGGAUGAACGGCGACGAGAAUGACAGCUGCAUGCAGUUCCUCAGGGACAUGGACGUCGUCGAGGUCCCCACCUUCCUCUUCAUCAGAGACGGCGUCAUUCGUGGCCGCUAUGUUGGUUCUGGCAAGGGAGAGCUCAUUGGCGAGAUUCUCCGCUACCAAGGUGUGCGUGUCACUUACUAAUGCUACCUACCUGCCUACUUUCAUUUCUCCCAAUUAUUUAUAUGGAAAAGCAUUAUGCUUCAAAUAAACCCAAACAAUUUUACUCUUCAGCCAAAAUGUAACUUCAAUUCAGUGGAACCCUUCCUUAUUGUAUUAUUAAGAGUUAUACACACCACCCAAAAUGCUAUCUACGCCUCACCAACCCCCUAUUGCUUUCAGAUUACCAUACAUUAGCGUACAAAUUUGACGAACGCUGUAUAUAUGGAAAAGUAUAUACGAAAAUACUAGAAGGCAUCAGAAUUUUUUGUUUUGGCCUUCAAUUAAUUUUAA